AUGGUUGCCACGUGGGCACAUCAUCCGCAACUGGGUGGCUGGAUGCUCGCAGGCUUUCUAGUCUGGGGUCUUGAGCGCGCUUGGCGUCUAGUGCGCGUGCUGUACUUCAACUACAGUGAACGGCCCAAGGAGCUGAAACGCAGCAUGCAGUCGUACGAAAAGGCAUCGGCUUCACGCUCGACUGUCAAUCUCAUCACCCCGACACCCAAGUCAGAAGGCAACCUCGGCGAGGAGCCGGACUCGUAUUUCUCGCUCAACAUAGGCUCAUCGACGUCACUCCCCCCAACGACACCGCGCGAGCCAUUUCGCGAAGCCGUCGCGCCAGACCUUCAAGAGCAGCUGUACCCGGGAUUCGCUUUCGUUCAGCCCCUUGCUGGUCACAUGAUGCGUGUCGUGCUUCGUACAGCCAAGCCGAUGUCGUGGAAACCUGGGCAGUGGUUGUAUGUGAACUUUCCGCAGAUGAGCUGGAUCCAGACACACCCCUUUACCAUUGCAUGUUCAUCGAGUCAUGAAUGGGAGCGCAUGCGAGACACGCUGGACGGCACAUCAUUUCGUGGAACACGCUCAGCAGACCCAUUGAUUGUCCUCUUGAUUCGCGUGCGGAAUGGCCUUACACGCCGCAUAUGGAAUCAUGUCGAAGCGCGAUGCCGCGGUCAGUUUGCUCUCGCGAACGAGGCUGGCUCCUCGGCCCAUUCCGUGUUCCCGAACGUAUAUGGUGCGGCUGUCAAGACCCAUGUCCAAGGUGUGUAUAUGCGAACACUGGUUGAUGGGCCUUUUGGUGGUACGUCCCGCAUCGACUGGGGUGCGUACGCUACGUGUGUGAUUGUGUGUGGUGGCUCUGGCGUCACGUUUGGUCUGUCGAUUCUCGAGGACCUAUGUGGAAAGAUUGCGCUCAUCCGUCAGGGUCACAAAGUCACCAGCAUGUGGGGCCGGCCCUUUCAUACGCGACGCAUCCGCUUUGUGUGGAUUAUGCGCGACUAUGCACACCUGCAGUGGGCCGCUAGUGCCCUUCGACUCUGUCUUGAAAUGCUUCCGCCCGAGAACCUCACAAUUGAGAUGUAUGCGACGCGUGUGCACCCGCCAUCAGCCAUAACGAAACAGACACCGUCGCACGAUGCGCUAGCGCCACAGAUGUCUAUUCCCGAGGACGAAUCAGACAUGGACGUUACACAGCAGGAAAGGCCAGAGCAGGCCCUGCAUGACAUGGGGCUUCAAGCUGCCGACCUGACACAGUUCGAGGAAGAUGAAGACCAGCCACUGAACGCACAGGAGCUGUCGAUGAAUGAGCAGAUUCGUCGGCAAGGCCAGCUGCUCCGCGCACGCACGCGUACAAGGCGGUCGACUGAGCGAAACGACGCCGUGUGGUCCAUUCGUCCCAUGCCUUUGACAGUGCAACAUGUCAACCGACAGGCAGAUGAGGAGCUGCGCAUUAUGCGUGAGAGGGCGCACUUGCAGAAUAAGCAGGUGGAUGUACCAUCAAGAAGCUCGCCAUCAGUCACUUUCGCUAUGGAUGUUGGUGGUGAUGCAGGUACCUCGUCUAUUGCGUCGGUGUCCAAGGUCGAUGACGAAGAAGGCAUCGAGUCGUACUCACUCAUGCCCAUGGGACAAGACGUCAAGUCACCACCGCCCAUUGACCUGUCUGUUCAUACGAAGGACAAGUACAUGAAUAUCGAUCCCUUCGAGCUUCAGGACUUCGCAGUCCUGUCUGAACUCACCCGUGCAGGCUAUCCCAGACUCUCUGAUAUUGUCGGCGAAGAGAUGCGCUCAGCCGAGGGCCGUACAAUUGCUGCAGGAUGUGGUCCUGCAGGCUUGAUGGCUCUAUUGCGCACGGCUGUGUCGGAGCAUUUGGAACUGCGCAAAGCGUGGAGUGGCGAUGUCUCUGGGCACGCGAAUGUUUUCACUGAGUCGUAUGAAACAUGA